AUGGGGAUACGGUUGAAUCAAUCAUCCAUAGAUGGCUUCAUCCUCUUGGGCAUCUUUUCUCAUAGCCAGGCUGAUUUUGCCCUAUUCUCUGUGGUUAUGGUGGUCUUCACAGUGGCCCUCUGCGGGAAUGUCCUCCUCAUCUGCCUCAUCUACAUGGAUCCUCGACUUCAUACACCCAUGUACUUCUUUCUCAGCCAGCUCUCCCUCAUGGACCUGAUGUUGGUCUGUGACAUUGUGCCCAAGAUGGCAUUCAACUUCUUCUCUGGCAGGAAGUUCAUCUCCUUUGUGGGUUGUGCCAUACAAAUUGGAUUUUUUGUCUCUCUUGUGGGAUCUGAAGGGCUCUUGCUGGGACUCAUGGCUUAUGACCGCUAUGUGGCCAUUAGCCACCCACUUCACUAUCCCAUCCUUAUGAGCCAGAAGGUCUGUCUCCAAAUUGCUGGGAGUUCAUGGACUUUUGGGAUAAUAGAUGGAAUGAUUCAGAUGGUGGGAGCCGUAAGCUUACCCUACUGUGGCUCAAGGAAUGUGGAUCAUUUCUUCUGUGAGGUUCCAGCUUUACUGAAACUGGCCUGUGUAGACACAUCCAUUUUUGAUUCCCUGCUUUUUGCUUGCUGUGUCUUCAUGCUGCUCCUGCCCUUCUCCAUCAUUGUGGCUUCCUAUGCCCGAAUUUUGGGAGCUGUGCUCCAUAUGCAUUCUGCUUAUGCUCGUAAAAAGGCUCUGGCCACCUGUUCUUCCCACCUUACUGCUGUGUCCCUCUUCUAUGGGGCAGCCAUGUUCAUCUACCUUAGGCCUAGGCGCUACCGGGCCCCAAGCCAUGACAAGGUGGUCUCUCUCUUCUACACAGUCCUUACGCCUAUGCUCAAUCCUCUCAUUUAUAGCUUGAGAAAUCGGGAGGUGAUGGGCGCCUUGAAGAAGGGGCUGGAUCACUGCAGGGUUGGCAACUGGCGCUGA